GCUCACGAAGGCAUCUGCAUAGAUGUGUCGCAUAUUCAUUGCGUCCCGUUCCGCCUGCAAAAAAAGAAGCGACAAGAGUUGGUAUUUGAGUGCUGAGAGUGAUGUUUUAGGAAGGAGCGACCGAGUGAUGAGUCAAUAAUAGGUGUUUUUCGAGCGACGUGGAGUGUGCGUUAGCGCUGCAACUGUCUUUUCAUCUUUUUUCCUACACUACACGAAAACGAGGCAACGCUAACACCUGCCUGCUUGAUCUAAGUAUCCCACAUCCCGACCACACCUCCACAUGAUUAUAGAAGGUGAAUGUGAUUUUUGAAACCUCACUUGUGCUAUGAUUCCAAUUUAGCGGAGGUGGCGAAGUUGUGACAUGAAGCAAUGGCUCCCGUCGAAAUAGACACAUGCGAACGCCAUGCUUCGGCGGCAAUGGGGGCCUGGGAUACGGCUCGCUGCUCGGCUACUGGGAGAGCUUGAUACCCGACCAUGACGGUUCCGUCUCUGUGUUACAGAACAACAACGUAGUACCAGGACGAUUGCCGAUAGUAAGAAGAUCGAACUCUGCGCGGAUCUUACAGGGUUCGUUACCUCCUACGAACGAUUGUGUUGCUGGUAAGUGGGCGGAAGACGAACUGUGACCAUGUCGGACACCGGCGCGAUUAGAUAUUGCGCAGCAUGUUGCUGCUGCUCCGGUCUCAUCACCGCGAUUGUGCUGAUUGCUAUUUCGUUCUCCGUUCUAGAAGCCACAGAGAUGGGGUUGAAUUAUUCCAGCGUUUCGAAGAGCGUAAGCCAGGAAAAACUCUAUCCUGCGGGACGACACAUGCUCGGGGUGGGACACAGCUUCAAAAUCUACCCUAAGGACCAGCAAACCGUGCAGUUCCCCGGGGAUAAGUACAAGCAUUUGGAAGCCCGUACCUUCGACGGCCUCGAAGUCAUUCUUGACCUGCAGUUCCAAUAGUAUGAAAUGGGUCUGUUUGAUAUGAGAUAGUUGUGCGAAUACACGCUUCUGGAUCUUGACCGUUAACUUGAAGAAAGGACAUACGCAUGGGCUAUCGAUAUGUAAUUGAAUAUUCAUAUGCGGGAUACCUUUUUAUAAUGGAUCCGUUUGUGUCCCUACGUAAGUCAUUAGCGCUGGGUUAUAGAGUAUGCCGCGUAGAAUCCGACACGUCGCGUAAGUAGUUAAGGAUGCAGAUACGCGGCGUGUCGCUUAAGCGGUGACUGAAGCAGAUAAGCGGCGUGUCGCUCAAGCGGUUACUGAUGCAGAUAGGCGGCGCGUCACUUAAGCGGUGACUGAUGCAGAUAUCCGGCGCGUCGCUUAAGCGGUGACUGAGGCAGAUAAGCGGCGUGUCGCUCAAGCGGUUACUGAUGCAGAUAAGCGGCGCGUCACUUAAGCGGUGACUGAUGCAGAUAUCCGGCGCGUCGCUUAAGCGGUGACUGAGGCAGAUAAGCGGCGUGUCGCUAUGCAGAUAAACGGCGCGUCCUUGGAGCGGUGACUGAUGCAGAUAGGGCCGUAUCGCUUAAGCGGUGACUGAUGCAAAUAUGCGGCGUUUCGCUUAAGCGAGCACUGAUGCAAAUAAGCGCCGCGUCGCUUAGUUAGUGUUAGUAACUGUGGCAGAUAAGCUGGCCGUCGCUGAAGUGGUGACUGCUGGUGCUGCAGAUAUGCUGGUCGCGGCCUAAGGAGGGCGUCGGCUGUUGAACUUGAGGAAGGCAUAGGAAGCACAUACGGGAGACAAGGCCGAGGCACGACUAAGGGGAAGCAAUUGUGAGGCGCCUAAGAGCGACAAGCCAGAGGCACUUAAGGGGGACAAGCUUGUGGCACCUAAGAGAGACGAGCUCGAGGCACUUAAGGGAGACAAGCUCGAGGCACUUAAGGGGAGCAAGUGUGGGGUACCUAAGGGGGACAAGCUUGUGGCACCUAAGAGAGACGAGCUCGAGGCACUUCCGGGCGGCAAGAGUGAGGUAUCUAAGGGGGACAAGCUUGUGGCACCUAAGAGAGACGAGCUCGAGGCACUUAAGGGAGACAAGCUCGAGGCGCUUAAUGGGCCACUUCGUGAGGCACUUCUGGGAGACAGUUUUGGGGCACUUAGCGGGUGGAGGUACUUGUGGAAAACAUGGCCGAGACACUUGAAAGAGGGCUGCUCAUGGUUAUGCGGCGGUGGGGAUGUUGGGCGCAGGGCUGUGGCUUGCGCGACACGUGCCGAGGGCCUCCUGCUGCUCUUGUCCACGACGGGUCAAGGGAGGGGCAGAUGAUGUGCGAGCCUCUUCAUGAAUGUUCCUCUCACGGAAGCUUGUUACUGCAUGGUGACUUUAUGACUGAGCUCAUAUAAUGUACUUAUAAGUCUUUUCGCUAAUACCCUCGGUUGGUGGAGGACCUCACGAGCGUUCUUCGGAUUUAUUACGACUGGGGUUUGCGAUACGAUUUUGCGUAUGCUAUUGUGUCAAGGAACAUGUUGCGAGAUACUGCCAGCACAUGGACUGCCUUCGAGUUUUUUUACAAUCGAACGGAGAUAGAAGCAGCUAUGCAGACGCAGCUGACGCAACGGAUCGAGGCGGUACUUUUCUAUACUCAUCGAAAAACUGUGAAGACGCUAAUUAGGUUGUUAGUUUUUUCCCACGACGAUGAAUGGCACCAACAUCCAUGAUUUUUGUGCAUGGGAUGCACGAGCAAUUGGAAGAGUCGGAGCCUAAUCUUCGAAAGCAGAAUAAAGAGUAGUUGUUGGUUUCUUACUUGUCACCGGUUGUAACUGCUGGACCUGAUGACGGAUGCAGUAACAUAGUGAGUAGUUUGAUGCUCAAAGUUGCCUUCACAGGAUGGAGGACUGUUGGACGAUUUGCAGUUACUGGUAAUCAAUUUACCAUCUGCAUUCGAAGAGGAGCUCACUGCAACGGAGCAAGUUCGGCAGGAAAUUGAGCAAGUGGAGUUUGAGGUGAGGGACGCAGAAGUUAAAGCCGCGAAUAAGAGGAGACGUAGUUGAUUUUUUAGAAGUAGCUUGCCAUUGCCUUGUGAUCUUCUUUUCAUUGUAAUUCCUACACUGCCAAGAACUAGUAAAAGUUUUGUAGUCAACUUCAUAGAAAUAUAUUUUCUUGUUUAGCACAGCAGCCAAAGCGUUGUACAACGAUGUACUAGCCCGCGCAUGACUUCAUUUCUUCUCCUCAUCGACGAUCUUCAGGUAUGUUCGAUGAAGCAAAAGUAGAGGAGAAUCAGAAAGUAUUUGAGGCACGAAGAAUGUUUAACGACAAGCAGAAAAUGCUCCAAGAAUUAACGCAGGACAUGAAGGCAGAAAUCACAUCGUAUCGCGCGAUUCAGCGCAACACGAAUAUGACCACGCAGAACAUGUUCAACUACAUAUGGCUUCAGAAUCUUGAGGGUGCCGCGGGGAACACUGCGCGGCUGCAUCUAAUGAAGCCACAGGUAUAAAUACAAGACACUCUAGAAAAAUUAUAUUUGUAGGUGAUAUUCUUGUCGGAGCGCGCAACGCACAGAGAAGAGGCAGGAAUCGUAAUGAGGGACGAAUACGCCUCUCACGUUCUGAUAGGUUUUGCGUUGUUGGACCGAUCCGCAUAACAAAGCGUGUCCCACCGCGACGACUACACAAGCCUUCACAUGUACUAGCGGUCAGCCAUGCUUUGUCGCGGUGGAGGGCUCUAAUUUGCAAGGAACCGAUUUCGUGCGGAUCUCCAACUCAACCGACUGUUCGACGAAGCACACAAGCUUCGCGUCAGAGAGCUAUGCGCCAUUGACAGGACCUUCAGACCGGAAAAAAGUCUUCAAUGUCGGGAGCAUUUCAGGAAGUACUAGUCUUUUCAAUGGCCGUGCAAUUUUCGUGGUAACAGAGACUUUUGUACAGAUUAUGUGAACGUCCUUUACGAAAACCUACACAACGUCAUGAAAUAUAUCAUUAUAUAUUGAUUACUUUCUUAAAAAUGUUGGCAAAAUGCAUAACAAAAUAGCUAGCCCUUCGUCAAUUGUAAUGGUUCACUAGUGCUUCAUACUAAUAUGCAGUUCCUUCAUUAUAAUUUUUGACUUCAGCUCUGUCUGACGGUAUCGUUUGUUAUUGCCGAUUCGCGCAGCAUCCACAGGGCUGUAGUUACGAAAUAUUCGGGACUAAUAUUCCGGUCGGAUUGUCGCCAGCCUUCACGCAGAUGGGGACGUUGUCUGUGACGUAGUAAUCGAGGCACUAAAAUAUCAUCCGUUUGGAAACAGACUAGUUAGGGAGUUUCGUUAGCACUAUGGGCGGAAGGCGCUGCCGAAGAUGAAUCGCGGCGUUGUUCAUGAAAAAAACAGGCCCUACGUUUCAUGAUGGCAUUGACUAAUAACUUGUUGUCAUGAGUAGAAGGUUCUGUACGCAGUGGUUUUCUCUGAUUCCUUCUGUAGAUUUGAUUCGAGUAGAUGCUUUGAUUCCUAGUAUUCGACAAGCGAUUUUUCCUGUAUUCAGUAUCACGGUCGUGUAGAAUACGAUCGUGCGACUUAAAAGUUCAAGUUAUGGUUGGCACGAGAACAGCCUCAAGGAUGGUCGUAUAGACUUCAUAACCAGAAGUAAGUCAAGGUCCUGCGCUUUUUGCACUUCGUGUUGAAAGAUUGGCGCACAUUACGUUACAACUUAGGCUGAGACUUAUAUAUACGGUAAAUGAAAACUAUAACAGUCUUAGGCCAAGGAAGUCAACAGAGAGAAUUUUUGGAGACGCAUUUUUACAAGGCACCGCUUUUGAAGGUGACUAGCAGGCACACUUAUGUUCCACUUGAAUUGUGUAGCAGCGAUGGAAGAAGCAGCAGUAUAAUUGGAAGCACAGGCUGGCAGUGCUGCUGAACGGUUACAACGAAGACAACAGGACCCAGCAGUUGAGGCACUUCUUCCUGUAUCAUGUGUCAUUCUUCGGACGACAAACAAGGAUACCAUGGUUCGUGUCGGUAGAUUCUCAGCCACGUUUUUGACGUGUGUCAAUGUCAAUUGUGUAUGGUGACACGCGCCGGACCACACUGAGCAGUACAACGACCACCUUUCUAGUCAUGGAUCAGGCAACUCAUGUUUCUUUUCAUGAGACGGAAGUUGAUUGUGUGCGCUCUUUUUGUCAUGAAGACCGGAUGAUUU